AUGGCAGAAAGAUGGACUAAAAUGGUAGGCUUUUUGGGUGCAGCUGCAAAUUGGACAAUCCCUAUUGCUUCUUUUAUGAAUUUAAAAAAUGAUCCAGAAAAAGUGGAUCCUAUAAUGACAACUACCCUUGCUGUAUAUAGUGCUGUAUUUAUGAGAUGGGCUAUUGCCAUUUACCCACCAAAUUAUUGGCUUUUAGGUUGCCAUGUAGCUAAUGAAGUUGCUCAACUCACACAAUUAGGUAGAUAUGGAAAAUGGAAGGUAUUUGAUAGUAAACAAGAAUCUGACAAACAAUAA